AUGCAACGUCAACUACCUGAGGAGACAAGUUACUCUAGCCACACAAGUUCCGCCGCUCAGCAGAUCGUGGACCCAGACACAGGCGCCGAGCUGCACCGACGCACCGAUUUGUGGUUCGACGAUGGCAGCGUCGUGUGUCGUGCAGAGGACACGUUGUUCCGGGUACACAUGUCGCAGCUCGCUCGCCACUCAGUAUGUUUCCGUGAUAUGUUCUCCCUUGCUUCGUCGACUCGACAUCCACAGCCUGGGCGCCUCGACGAGAUAGAGGGGUGCCCAGUCAUCUUUCUGCAUGACAAGGCUGAGGAUCUGGCCAACCUUCUCGUCGCACUGUACGACGGCCCGAACUUUGGCGAUAACGGACAGGACGACUUUCAAAUAGUAUCCGGCAUUCUACGACUUUCGACAAAGUAUAUCAUCGAUUCCCUGCGGGAGAAAGCGCUAGCGCAUCUGAGUAUCGCCUGGCCUUCGACUUUGAAAGGCUGGGAUUGCCGUGAAGACCUGGCACGGUUAUACGAGAUGCAGACUUCGAGUGGCUCUCAUCUUUACCCUUCACCUAUAGCUGUAAUAAACCUCGCACGGGAAGUAGAUGCUCCCUCUCUUCUCUCUCCCGCUUUUUACGACCUCUGCCGAUAUCCAUUUUGCCAGAUUUUCGAAACCUCACCUAGUUCCUCCCAUCCCUCAACCCUCUCCCUCGCUGACACCCAGCGCCUCUGUCUCGGCAAAGAGAUCGCUCAGAAUACCAUUACUACUCUCAUCCAAGCCAUGGGCACGAGUCAAUAUAUUCGUACCCACAUCCGCAAACCCUCUUCUGUUUGUGUUUCUGCCGCGGCGUGCCGGAAGGAUUUCUCCGAGCUCUUCGACCUUGCCACACAGCAUUACCUCUUUGACCGGGAGCGCGGUUUCUGCGACCCGCUAUAUGUAGCGGAGGAGCUAGGCCAGCUGAAGAGUGCAGAGUUCUCGGAAUGUAAGCCAUGCGCGAAGUCUCUGGAAGCUUGGGCAGCGAGAGAGAGGCAGAAGAUGUGGAAGAUGAUCCCGUUAUGGUUUCGUUUGCAGGAAUUUAAUCCGUCGCCAGCUAUGUCUCCAAAUCAUGAUUGA